CAUCAAGAUGGAAAACAGUGAAGAACCUCAAAAAAAAGUUUUUAAGGCCCGUAAAACCAUGCGAGCAAGUGACAGACAACAGCUUGAAAGUGUAUAUAAAGUAAAAGAAGAUUUUUUGAAAACUGCUGACCUGAAACUGUUAAAUGGAAAACAUGAAAAUGGGGAUUCAGAUAUCAGUUCUCCUUUAUUAAAUUCUGACUGCAUUGAGGGAAGUGAGGUGAAUGGCCUAGAAGAUGUAUGUCUUGAUCCUGAAGACAAUAAAGUAGAAUCUGAUGAAAUCACUGAUGUCAAAAGUCCAGAUAACAAGGAUAACCAGCAUGAUGACUUAACAACAAAAUUUGAAGCUCUAUCUCCUGAAAACAUUGUUUCUGAGCAACAUCAUGAAAAUAGUAGCCCACCUUUGAGUCCUGGAUCUGAAAGUCAAGUACUUGAAUGUAAUAAAGAUAGUGACAUCCGGGAACAGAUCACUAUAAAAGAGGACCUGAAUUAUAAAGAUCUUUGUGUACCUGAUAAUUUGGAUCAGAAAUCCUCAUCAAGUCAUACUGAAGAAGAAAGUAACAUUAAUGACCAAAUGGUAGAACCAGCAGAAACAAAUGAGUUGGCUAUUACUCCUGAACUGUCUAUGGAGGAAAAAAAUAAUGCAGACGAAACUGUUGUAAAAGAGGAUGUUGAUGAGGAAGCAAUAUCUAGUAGUUUGAAUACAGCUGAAGGUUCAAAGAAUGAAAUCAAAUCUGCAGAAGUUGUAGAGACUAUGGCUCAAAAAACUGUUGAAGAACCACCAACUGAGAAUAUGUUGGGAAGUGCAGCUAGAAUGGAAACAGAUGAAAUUAUUCCAAUUUUAGAAAAGCUGGCCCCAGCAAAUGCAUUAAAUUGUUUCUCUCAACCCACCUUGCUUCCUGUAGAGACUCCUAGCUUAUGUUCAGAAGAAAAGGUAGCAAAUUCUUUAAAUUCUCCAUCUAAACAUGAAAGCAAUGAAAGUUUGCCCAAAGAAGCUUUCUUGGUUCUUUCUGAUGAAGAAGAAGUUUGUUGUGAAAAAGAAGCUGUAGUAUUAAUGCCAAAACAUGAAAAUCCUCCAGAAGACAGCGAGGAAAAAAAAGAACUGAAUCACAUAGAAGAAAGGGAGCCCAACAAGGAGGAGGAGAAACCUCCAGAAAAAUGUGAGGCAUCAAGAAGAAAGCGUUCUAAAUCAGAAGAUAUGGAUAGUAUUCAUUCUAAACGCCGGCGGUAUCUGGGAGAUUUUGAAGCAGAAUUUGAAGUAAAAAUUACAACCAAAGGAGAUGUUCAUCAGAAACUUGAAAAGGUCAUCCAUCGUUUUCUAGAAGAGAAAUUUAGUGCCAUGGAAUGUGCUUUGUUUGAUAAAACUCUAGAAGAUUUGAAAAGCAGAAUAGAUAAAAUUGAAUGCAAUAAGAGACACAAAACCGUCAUUACAGAAUUACAGGCUAAAAUUGCAAGAUUGACAAAACGUUUUGGAGCAGCUAGAGAAGACUCAAAGAAAAAACCAGAAAUUCUACAAAACACAGCUCAUUCCCCAGGAAAAGCAGUGAGUGAUACAGGCAGUGUCAAUAGUGUGACAUUUCGAAAUUCUGGCACAGUAAGACAAAUGCUAGAGACCAAGAGAAAUGUAGGAGACACUUCAUCAACUACUUUUCAAUCCCCUGUGAAUACAGUGUCUGCUGCUUCUCUUGCUACUCCACAGAUACCAGUCAGUGGACACCCAAAGCCCCAAACACCAGUUACUUCUGCAUCCCUUACAUCUGGCUCUUUGACAACAUCUGUUCUUCCCACAGCUAACACUGCAACAGUAGUUGGUACCAGCCAAGUGGCUGGUGGGAAUACACAGCCAAUGUCUGUUUCACUUCAGUCUUUGCCAGUAAUCCUGCAUGUACCUGUUGCAAUGUCCUCUCAGCCUCAACUCCUGCAAGGUCACACAGGAACUUUGGUUACUAAUCAGCAAUCUGGCAGUGUUGAAUUUAUACCUGUCCAAAGCCAAUCAAAUGUUGGCAAUCUAACCAAAACCUCUUUGUCUCUAUCAUCAAUUAAUUCAGCAAAACCAAACAACCCUUCAGUGUCCAGUUCAAGCAUUCAGAGGAACUCUCCAGCUAGUGUUGGCUGUUCAAUAGGGACAACUCUUGCAGUGCAAGCUGUAACAACAGCACAUCCUGUUGCACAAGCCACAAGGACUGCUUUGGCUACUGUGAAUACUUCAGGAAUAUAUACUCCUCCCAUCAAUAGGAACGCCAUACAGAUGAAGAUUCCCAUAUCAGCCUUCAAUACUUCAGCUCCUUCUGAAGUAAAUACUACAACACCAAGAAUUGAUGGCAAGAAGCAGAACCAGAACCAAUCUAACAACUCUGGAAUGGGCCUAUCAGUCCCAGCUAUUGCUCGCCCCUUGCAUCAAACAUUUUUCCAGAUACUUUUUCUGUAUUGGCUUUAUAUUCCAACAGAUGGCAAGAAGCAGAACCAGAACCAAUCUAACAACUCUGGAAUGGGCCUAUCAGUCCCAGCUAUUGCUCGCCCCUUGCAUCAAGUACAGACAACCCCUCUCCAACAAGCUGGUUUGCCAACAAGUGGCCUCUCACAAGCUACCAUACAUGUUCUCCCCACAGCCCAGACAACUGUGAAUGUAACACAUCGCCCAGUGACUCAGGCUACAGCUAGACUCCCAGUACCAAGAGCUCCUGCUAACCAUCAAGUAGUCUAUACUACUCUUCCUGCACCAUCAGGACAGACUCCUGUGCGAACCACUGUUAUGCAGAAUUCUGGUUUAAGGCAAAUCACCCCACAAAAUUCAGGUGUAACCGUGCGAGUGCCUCAAACAACAGCUUAUGUUGUAAACAGUGGGUUAACAUUAGGAUCUGGUGGACCUCAACUCACAGUACAUCAUCGGCCUCCUCCAGUACAUUCAGAGCCAUUGCGGCCUGUGCAUCCAGCCCCUCUGCCAGAGGCCCAGCAGCCCUCUCGACUGCCUCCAGAAGCUGCCAACCAUUCUUUGCCUCAGAAGCCACACCUGAAGCUUGCCCGAGUGCAAAGUCAAAAUGGCAUUGUGCUUUCUUGGAGUGUUUUGGAAGUGGACCGGAGCUGUGCUAGUGUGGAUAGCUAUCACCUAUAUGCAUACCAUGAGGACCCAAGUGCCACUGUACCCUCUCAGUGGAAAAAGAUUGGGGAAGUAAAAGCUCUUCCUCUGCCUAUGGCAUGCACACUUACUCAGUUUGUGUCUGGCAGCAAAUACUACUUUGCUGUGCGUGCUAAAGACAUCUAUGGACGUUUUGGACCAUUCUGUGACCCCCAGUCAACAGAUGUGAUUGCUUCCCAAAGCAGUUAAACUUAAAGACAUUGAAAGCUUCCAUUCUUGCCCCAUGGCUGUGGCUUGAUCUAGUUUUGAGUUUGUUCUCAUGCAUGAAACUCAUUGUAAAAUCUUCUCUGCAGAAUUAUUUUGGAGAGCUCUUUCAUACACUACAAAACUUACAACCAAAACUGAAAUAAAUUCAUAACCUCCAGCAAGACAGCUUGUAUUUCUGAUGAAAUAGUCUCCUCCCCUUUGCUUACAAGUCACUGAACCUAGUAAAUAGUGAGUAAGAAAGUUUUGGGAAUUUGGCUGACAUGUUUCAUGUGGCCCACCAAUAAUGUCACACAUUGGCACAAGCGCAGAGUAUAACAGCCAGGUUAGGUGGGAAGCCUGGAUUCAGGAUUGUGCUUGGUCCUAGAAGAGUGGCCCAUUGUACUUUACAAGACAUCUAACCUACUUCCUAAAGGGCAAAGACAUUUAUCUAUAGUCAGUUUUUGAGUUCUUGUUCUGCUUAUUGAAAUGAAAAAGUUCCAGGCAGGCUUGCACUCUAUUUGUCACCAGAACUUGGGAGUAUUUUGAAGCCCACCACUAAAGCCAGGUUUCUAGAAAACUUCAUUUGCAUUUUCAAUAGCUUCCUGAUUCUCUUUUUAUGAUCCUUCUCUUUUUUAAAAAAAUAAUUUAAUUUGUGCCUUAAACAAUAAUUUCAAAAUAAAUGCAGUCACACUUUCUGUGUUCCUCUUUCUUUGCCAUCCUUUCAAUAUUCUGUUCUUUUGCCAACCCUAGAAUGUCAUAAUCUCUUAUUGCAGAUUCACUUGACAAGUAAUACCCAGGUUUUCCAAUAAUUCAUGCUAAUGUUUACAUUACUUAUUUAAUUUAAUCUGUGAAGAUUUAUCACUCACACAGUUUAGCCGCAUCAUGCUGUUCUUAAGAAGAUGGUAGGUAGCCAAAACAAACGUCAUUUUCCUAACAAACACACUAAUACCUAGAAUUCUGUGUAACAACUUUAUGAAAAUUCUAUAUCCACUGAGUCAAAACAAUGGAAUAGAUCCUCCACUUUUUCCAUUUCAGCAAAGCUCACGGCCACUGAAAACAAAUAAGCUAAACCUGGCAUGGAAAUAACCAUACUGUAUUCUAGAGAAAAAUAGGACAUACAUUAUCUUCUUGGUUGAUAAUUCCUAUUAAAUAGUGAGUGGUAACUCUUCACUGCAUUGCUUGGCACUUCCUAUUACUUCCUGUUCUGAAAUUGAUAGGGUUGGAAAAGAAAUGCAAAGUUCAAAAGGCACAAGCAGAAGCUAUCUUAGGAAGACAAGAUCUUAAUGCUGUUUAUGUGGGACGGUGUAUUUCAGUAAAGACAAACCAUAGUCUUGUGCCAUUUUGUCUCUUAUUUUUCUCAGAAUAAUGUGGAAACUUGCUAGUCUCUACAUGUUGUAGUCAGAAACUAUUUUUGAGUGGGUAAAUUUCAUUCUCCGUAUUAUGAAUUCUUCAAAUCAAUCAGCUGGUAAUUGGCAUAUUAAUUUAUCACAUUUUCUUUUUACCUUCAAAAAUCUGAAAAUAAAACAACUAGUUAGCUAGAAACCCAUCUCUGAAAUGGUCACAAAAAGGAUUUUUAUUAUUUACUGAAGGAGGGGUAUAUUUAGCCCACCUCUUAAUUUGAAUGCUGAAAAAUGCAAAAGGCAGUCAACAAAAAGGGAUCAGAAAUCAAUGAAAGGAGCAUUUAAUUACAAAACCAUUUUUAUUUUUUUAAAGAAGCAUUGAACUCCAGUUUAAUUUGGCAGUUCCUAUUGUUUGUAGCCAAUAUAUUGUUGCUUGCCCUUUCUCUUAGAUUUUUUUUGGUACUUGGAUAAUAAAGUCAGAUCUAAGAACAUCUGGGAGGAAAGUAUACUUUCAUAAGGUAUGCAACUUUUUUUUUGAGUUUAGAUACUAGGACCUACAACUUUCUCAUACGAAGACAUUCAAGAAGUUUCCGUUCCAGUUUCCAGUAUCAGAUCUCGUUCCGUGUUCAAGUAAGUUUAUGGCAGAUGUUAAUUUCAGCACUUCUUAAAUUAGCAUUUUGGAGGAUAGUUAUUAGCCUUCAGAUUUAUGUACUGCAGCUGAUCGAGUAGGAUGCUACAUUUUCCAAAACAGAAUGAGCAUGCCACACAAGUUAUAUAAAGCAAUACAGUUAAGCAGAAACAAAUGUAUAAGUAAUGGCAAACCACAUAUUUUAUAUUCUGUGCUUAAUUCUCUGCCUUUGCCCGAAAAAAGACAUCUGAAUCUGUAGAAAUUAAUAUGUUCUUGCAACAGAUAAUGGGAACUUUAUUCUUUUUCUAUCAAACUACUAUAAACAGGAUUGCAUGGCAACAAACUGGACUAAUGCUGGAUUUUUAUUGUGUGUUCAUUGAGAAACCAUCCCACUCACCACUGUGAGCUUGUUAUAGUAUGGAUAGAAGAGAUAUUUUUUAAAGGACCUUAAAGAAGAAAAGAAAAUAUCACUGUCUACAUUGUACCAUGUUGAUAUUUUUUUUCUUACCACUCUUACUUUAUUGCAGUGUAUGACUGGCCCAGCUUAGACAUUUUUUUCUAGAAUGAUUUCACUGUGAAACUAUAUAUUUCAGCAAUGUUCUGCUCUUUAAUACUGAGAAUGCAGCUACUAAUAGUAGUCAAGUUCGUUUUCAGAAGAAAUGAAAUAAAUUCUGAAAGCGAACUAAAAAAUUGUUAUCUCGGUCUGGAAUUCUUGUUAGCUUAUUUCUGCUCAUUUUUCCCCCCAAAUUACAAUUUAUACAAAAAAUUGGUUGAAUUUAGAUUGUGGAGAGCAAGAGAUGCAACAUACUUUUUAUAUUAGCAACUUAAUGAUAGAGGAUAUGUUCAGUGAUACUGAUACAUGCCCUAAAAACUCUGAACAAAAACACUGUGUUUAAGGUUUACUGAAACAUCCUGAUUAAUCUCUAUUUUCAGCAUGUUGGGCAAUUUCUGUGCCUCUUUAAAUUAUUUAUAAAAAGACCAAGAUAAAUUGUGACAAAAUGUCUGAGAACAACCCACUAGAAUUAGAACAUGGGUACCACAAUAAAUUAAAUCAGUCCAUUCAUUCAAUGUUAGACUGAUCCAAUCAAUUGCUACUACUUGUCCAGGACUUCUAUGGCUCUAGAAUCCAUAUUACAUUGUAUUAGUGCUUCAAUAGUUUUAUAUUUGUCCCUUGACGUGCAAUAUCACAGUAUUGGCUUAAAGAAUUACAACCAGAAUAUGAAGCUACAUUAUGUUGAUGCCAUCUUUCACUUUCUUUAGUAUUCUCAUUCAUUCAGUGGCAACGUCGUUCAUUUUGCAAAUGAAAUCUUGCUGUUUUUAAGAUCUUCAUAUUUGGGGUAUAUGAAAAUUGGAUAACAAUAUUUUCAGCAGUAUAGAGGUUACGUUGAGAGUAAUGUACAAAUAUGCAAGAAUGCAAAUCAAAUUGUGUUCUACAGUAUUAUUGGAUCUCACCUAUAUUUUAAAGCAGAAUGAUUGGUUUCUUACCUUCUUGUGCUAGCUUGAAAAUAUAUUUUAAGACUAAGUUUAAAUUUUAACUGUAAAUAAAGCAACUGGACAGCCAAAACCUGAGGUACUCUUCAGAUCAGUAAUUUAUAAGCACUGAAAAAUAAACUUAUACAAAACUCCUUAUAGAAAUUUGCACUCUGGUUUUUUUCUUCUUCAACAGAUGAACAUGUAAAUAAUGUAGGCUGUACCAAAAAGUCCAGUUUAAGCAGGACGGUGGCAAGUUCUCCUAACUUUUAUAUGCAUUGUAGACUAGUGUCUGUACGUGUUAAUUGUAGUGGGGUUUUGUCUUGAUACGCCUGAAAUUUAUACUUUGAAAUAAACUACUGGGUUUUUAA